AUGUCUUGUUUUCCUUCCCUUCUAGUUUCAUGCCGUGUCUCCUUGGACACCGACACUGCCCACCCUACCCUGGUUCUCCUGGAGGAUCCCCAGGGUGCCCACUGUGGAGAGGAGCCCCAGUCCUACCCUCCUCACCAGCAGCGUUUCGACUCUGUAGCCCAGGUGCUCGCGAGGGAGGGCCAGUUUGGAGCCAGCUACUGGGAGGUGGAGUGGAGGGGCGGAGGGUGGGUCGAUAUCGGAGUCACUUACAAAGGAAUCGGACGAAAAGGCGGCGGGAAACCUUGCCUUUUGGGGCGAAACGAGAACUCGUGGCGUUUGAGGUGCACCCACGCCGGAUACGCCGCUUGGCACGACAACCGGAAAACCACGGUUGCUGCCCCCCCUUGCCCGAGGAUUGGUGUUUACUUGGAUAGGCAGAAAGGAGCGUUGUCUUUCUACAGCGUGUCGGACACCAUGGUGCUUCUGCACACGUUUCGAUGCCCGUUCUCUCAGCCGCUUUACCCCGCGUUUCGCCUGGACCUGGACUCCACCCUGAUCAUCUGCCCCCAUGAGGGAGGAGGAUGUGGGAACCAAACCUAAUAUUGCCCAACCAUUCCACCCCAAGGACCAGAGAUGGCAAAAGUACACACAUCCUUUACUCAAGUAGAAGUACAGAUACUCGUGUUUAAAAAUACUCUGGUAA